AUGUUUAUGGUCGACAGCUCAGAGAAAACCAGAUUUGUGCUGUUUGACCAACAGAAGGACUUCGUUCUGCGCUUCAGCACCAAGGUCUUGCAGCUCCACCUCGAUGGCUUGCUUCUACGCCAACGCCUUUCUGCUUUGCAGUACAGCAGCAAAGUGUUGGUGGAACAUAGCUUUAAAGACUGGCAAAACCUGAACUCUUUCCAGACUCAGGUGGCCUCCAUGGAUUUUAUUGGCCACGGCACCUUCUCUGCCUACGCCAUCACCAAUGCCACUAAGCUGUUCAGACAAGAGACAUCUCCUAGUAGCCUGAGGGUGGCGCUGCUGAUGACAGACGGAAGUGACCAUCCCCAUAGCCCAAGUGCUGUGGCAGCAGCUGCAGAGGCCAAACAGCACCACAUCAGAGUGUUCACCAUCGGGUUGUCUGCUGGACCCCAACGGGCCACCCUGGGGACAAAGCUACGGUCCAUCGCCAGUGCACCACCACAGCAGCAUGUCCUGAGCCUCGCUGACAGCCAGCUGGAUGACAGACUUCUCAAUCAGCUGCAUACUGCUAUAAAGGGCGGGUGCCCACAACCCAAAAACUGCAUUUGUGAGAAAGGAGAGCAAGGCCUGCCUGGGAGUCCAGGGAAGCCAGGUGAGCCAGGAUCAGCAGUUCCAGGUCCAAAGGGAUCACACGGAGAAACUGGUAUGAAUGGGCUUCCAGGAGCAGAAGGUCUUCGGGGGCAACCUGGCAGCAAAGGAAUAAAAGGAGAAUGUGGAGAAAGUGGAGCUUCUGGUGCAAAGGGAGAAAAUGGAGUGGAUGGACCUCCUGGCCCUACAGGUCUCACAGGAAACCAG